CGCAGUCCGGGGCCCUCGAGUCGUGGUGCCGCCCCAAGCCUGACGGGGGCGCCCGCCUCCGGGUCCCGGGGCGACGAGGCGCGCGGGUGGGUCGGCGCGCGCGGCGUUUCCGCACUUCCUGUUCCGGUGUCGGGAGGAGUCGCGCGCCAGGGCUGGCCUUAGUGUUGCCGCCGUCUCUGCUGUGGCCCGUCAAGUUAGCGCUCCGCUCUUCGGUACCUGCUUCCCUCACACCCAUCGCCGCUCCUCGGCCUCGCUGCGGGUUCGGAUCUAGUCGGAAAAUGUCUGAAGAGUUUUCGUUGGCAGAUGCACUGCCUGACCACUCCCCUGCCAAAACUUCUGCUGCGAGUAAUACAAAACCUGGCCAACCUCCUCAAGGUUGGCCCAGUUCCAAUCCUUGGAACAACCCAAGCGCUCCACCUUCUAUGCCAUCUGGACUCCCACCAAGUGCAACACCCUCCACUGUGCCUUUUGGACCAGCACCAACAGGAAUGUAUCCAUCUGUGCCUCCUGCUGGACCUCCUCCAGGACCCCCUGGCCCCUUUCCUCCUGCUGGACCCUCCUGUCCCCCUCCUGGUGGUCCUUACCCAGCCCCAGCUGUACCAGGCCCUGCUGGGCCAUAUCCUACACCAAAUAUGCCCUUUCCGGAGCUCCCGAGACCAUAUGGUGCGCCAACAGAUCCAGCUGCAGCUGGUCCUUUAGGUCCAUGGGGAUCCAUGUCUUCCGGACCUUGGGCACCAGGAAUGGGAGGGCAGUAUCCUACCCCUAGCAUGCCAUAUCCAUCUCCAGGGCCAUAUCCUGCACCUCCUCCCCAAGCACCGGGAGCAGCACCACCUGUUCCGUGGGGCACUGUUCCACCAGGAGCCUGGGGACCACCAGCACCAUAUCCUGCCCCUGCAGGAUCAUACCCCACACCAGGACUCUAUCCCACUCCAAAUAAUCCUUUUCAAGUGCCUUCAGGACCUUCUGGUGCUCCGCCAAUGCCUGGUGCCCCCCAUUCUUACCAUUAAACAAUGGAAGAAGAGAUGAUGUUUUGCUUAUGAAGUCCAUAUAUGCACAUUUGUGCAUAUAUUAAAAUUGAUGGUUUCACUAAGAGGGCAUUCAUGAAGAACAACCCUUGCACCUCUCAGAGAUUAUCUGCCUCUUGUACUUGGAUGCAUAGUACAUCAGAUGACUACAAUCAGAUAAAAAUGUAAAUCAUUCAAAUGUGAUUUUAUUUGGUUUUAUGGAAAGUCAAAGUGAUUGCAUAUAUUGAAUAGUUCCUUGAUACAAUUUGUUCAAUACAAGUUUUCCAAUUUGUUUAAAUUAUGGAAUUGCACACUUAAAUAUCUAAAAUGAUGUGAGCUAUUAAGAACUUACAACGUCAUUGGGAAUUUUUUUUUCUAUUCUCCAAAAUAAAGGAAAAUAAUCACAUUGUCAUAAUUUAAGCAAAUUAUGCCUCUCAACCUUUUCUGAACUCCUCUAGAUAUGGGAUAAAUAAACCUGACCCUGGGGGAGUUAUAUUUUGCAUAUACAUGUUUUUUAUUUGUGAUAAUUGUCACAUAUUGAGUCACUAACCAGGCAGUGUUCCACUUUUAUUGAGCUUUUAGAACUCAAUUCUGAGUUCUACCAAUUUGUUUUCUUUUUAGCCAAAGGGGUGAUACAAUUCUAAAAUUUGAUGUUUAUGGAAGCUAACUUUUUAAUGCAGGCAAUAUUUGUAUAAAUUAUUUUCUUAGGGAAUUGGUACUUAGAGAAUGAUUCAGAAUAUAUUACAUUGAUACUGCUUUGGGAAGGACUCAAGGGAGGAAGUCAUGCUCCUUUGUCUUUCUACAUUUGAACUUCAAACUAGAGGAAACCCUGGAAAUUGCUUCAUGAUGACAGGUAGUUUGCAUUCCCACGAAACUUAUCUGCCCAGAGCAUUCCAUGCAGCCCAUCUCCCUCUUCCUGGUACUUUGGAAGAAGUACAUCCCUUACUUCUCCCUGCUAGGGACACUGGCACAUCUCGGGGUCUACAUGAACACAUAUAGCAAUUAUGUUUGGAGAACUUGUGCCACACAGCUAUGACUGUUCUCUUUGUACAAGUUUGAUCAAAAUAAGUAUUUGAGUCUAGUUAUGUCCUCCUUGGUUUAUAAAGUGCUUGUGGCCAAUAGUUCCGUUCUGUAUUUGUUGACAGGCAAAUAAGUAGAAUUGAUGCCAUCCUUAAAGAUUUCUCUUAACACUGAAAAUAGUAAGAUAUAGUUUAAAGCUGAGUUUAAAGCAGUGAUUGUGUUAAUAAAAUGAGUAUUGUUUAUAACCCUAGGAGUAACCCAGGAAGCUUUUUGGACUCUUAGAUUAGAUUUGAUUUUUCUAUUUGCAUUCUUUAGUUUGGGGAUCCAUGCCUGGCAGUGCUUGAAGGUUGUUCCCUUCUGUGCAUGGCUACCUUGCCAGUUUGGGGGCGUCUAACCCUGGCCUGCUACAUGCAAAGUAAACUUUAAGUAUUUUAAUUAUUCCCCACCCAUAUUAUUAGAUUUGAAAUAGAACUCAACCAUGUUCUUUGUCAGUUAACUAUUUUGAAACUUUGUGUUCACUGGAUUACUAAAACUCUAUUGUGAAUUUCUUGACCAGUAGAGAUUUAUGCUAGUAGAGAUUUAGUGCUCUUGUUUUUGCUUAGAAAUAAAAUAUUUAGUAAUUAGUCCUCUUAAUAUUUAAAGUCAAGGAUCCCAAAUGCUGCCAGUUUAAUGAGUUAAAGCUACCUCCUUUCAGGAAAGAACAAAAUGAUUGCCUUGGAGUACAACAUUCACUUUUUUCCUAAUCUCUUUUAACUGAAUGGAAGGUUCAAGUUUCAGAAAUAAAACUAACUUGUUGAUAUUCUCUGACCAGACAUACUGUUAGCUCUUACAUAGCAUAGCAUAAUGGCACAACUGGUGUUUUUCUUUUGCCUUGUUAAGGACAACGGCAGCUGUCAACUCUCAGAAUCUUUUGUCAAAGCAGCCUUCUUUGUACAAGGCAAAGUAUUCUUAAAGAGUGAUAUAGGGUAUAUUGUCCAUUGGUAGCAUGGUGUCAGCUAAUUCAUUUUGUUAAGAUCAUAGAUUAGGAUAGCAGCAAAAAUCCCUAUUUUUAUUGUUACAUUGGAAUAGGUAACAGCUCUGACUUUAGAUGCUGUGUUUAACACUAGAAAGGAUAAUGUGUUUCAUUAAAGAAAAAGAAUUAAAAAGGAGUCUUAACUGUGGAGUCUAUUGAUAACAGAAAAUCUUGCUAAAGAGCUAUGAACACAAAAUUUGAAAUCACUACUUUUGAUAAGCAAUUUUUGGUAAUUACCUGCCCUGCUCAACCAUUUUUAACUUUUUGUGUUUUCCUCUGAAGGAUAUUUCAGCUGUUAUUUGUGGGUUUGGUUUUUUUUUUUUCUAUAAUGUUGGAGUAAAAGAUCUUAAGAUCAGUUUAGUAGGAAAUAUUUUGGCAGUAGAAACUUUGGAAUGUGCGUUUGAACUUUUCAGUUAAAAUCUUUGAUGGAGAUCAUUGAAAUGUGCUGAAGUUAAAAUAAUAUUUUUUUAUAUGAACCUGAAAAAGAUUUCCAAAAAAACUUUUAAAUGUAGGGGCUAACUAGAUAGUACAGAGUUAAGGCGCUUGUUUGCAUGCAGCCAGCCUCAGGUCAGUCCCCAGCACCAUGCAUGGACCCCCUGGGCACAGCCCCCGGAAUAAUGGGUACCGUUAGGUGUGCCACCCACCCACCAAGAAAAAAUUUUUUAAAUAUAGCCAGGAUAUAUCAGAUCCUCAAUCAUGGUUCUCAAAAAUUUGGGCUCCUUUAAAAAAGUGCUUAAAAUAAUGACACUUGGGUUGGCCCUGUGAAGCUCUGAUUCCACAGCUCUAAUUUGUAUAAAAUAGCACGUUGAUCAAGUAUAGACAACACAUUUAUUGUCAUAACCUACAAGCGUUUUUGGGCAAAUUUUCUCUUUAUUAUUUUCAGUGACAAAUAAUCGGGUAAAAAAAAAGAGAUGGAUUUUUACCUUAACUAGUGACACUACUAGGAUGGAAUGUUGGAAUAUUUUCUAGGAAAGAAGUCAGUUUGCCUAUCUUCUUUUACCUCACAAAUGCUUAGUGCUACCUGUUGUACCCAAGUGUACAUCUUUUGAAGCUCUGGGUAUGAACAUAGAACUCCGUUUCAAUUAAAAUACUGUGCCUAGUUUGCCUGUCAGUUGCCUACACUUAUGUAUAGUUAGUGCCAAUGUCUCCCUCAUUGACCCUGAAUAAUCUAGUGCUAGCUUUUUAUUAAAUGUCAGGGUAACAAGCCCUAGAAAUUAAACCUAAGCACAAACCUUCAAGUAUUGAAACUUGAAAACCAAAUUCCAGACGAAUCACGCUGAUAAAACUGCACUAUGCAUAAAAUGUGGUAGGUUGUUUUCAGGGAAGACAAUAAUAAAGCAGUAGUUAAAGGAAUUAAAGACACUGUUCCUUUUGUUUUCAGAAUUCUGCCCAGUAAAACAGCUGCCAAUAAAAUCAGUAUUGAGAAUGUGCCAUGGAAGCUUCUGGCUAAAGAAAACUUAGCAAUGCACUUAACCAACUCAUUUGUGUGCAAAUCCAGGUUACUUUGCUAGAUGGCAGAGAGAGAAGGAUAAAGGAGAAUGUCCUAAAGGCUCAUAUCCUGGCGAUGGCAUUUACAGAAUUUGUUAGUACACCAUUGUUUACCUAGGUAAACAUCUUAGUAAUGCAACUGCUGGGAGUUUUACUUAGGUAAACAUUUUAGUAAUGCAACUGCUGGGAAUUGGAGGUCACCUUUUGUGUAUUUUAAGGAGCAAAGUCUGGUAUACCUAAAUGUUUUUCAACUUUUCAAUCCUGGGAAAUAGUGGCAUCUUUUUAAUCUUCAUCCCCCCUCCCCCCUCCCCCGUCCGAGAAAGGCACUUUUCACUGCCUGUCACUGAUUCGCAGAUACUGAUUUGUUGCCAUUUAGUAAACUAAUUUUUAUAUGUGUGUUCUAGAAAAACUUUAAAUUUUUUUUUGAUGUUGUGACUCUUUCAUUGACUAAACAAUGACAAAUUUAGUGUAUGUAAUUGUCUAUGCAUUUUAAGUUAAACUGCCUAAAAUGUGAUUUGAGACAUAUACAUUUGUUUGUAUUGUGAACUACAAGCAAUCUGAGAUGUUAGGUUUUAUCACCUGCUGCUGUAUUUGAAAACAAAGACAAAUGUUGCUUUAAGAAGUAAUUAUAAGUAGAAAUGGUUUAUGGAUAUGAUACUUGAUAUUUUUUAAGAUAAACUUGUUUGCUUUUAUGUAUUAUACCUGAAAACUUUUUAAACUUGUUUUUUCAUGGUUGCAUCCUUGUUUUUGUUUUUGUUUUUUAAUUUUAUACUUUAAACCUACUUUGGGGCUUUCUUGAGCCAGUUUAGAAACUGAUUAACUACAAAUAAUUAUGCUAAAGAAAAGGGAGACUGACAAGCUUUAGCCACUUAAGAUCACUUCUGUGGGGGGUGUGAUCUGCAUGGAAACAUUAUAAUACAUCUUCCAGAAGGCCUCUCAGAACUGGGUGCCCUUGCUCUGCUCCCUUGUAGGCUGAGCUAUGCUUUGUAACCAGUUUGUCCAAACAAAGUUAGAUCCCCUUACCUCUCCACCCUAGCAGUGACAUCUGUCCUUUUCUUUCCUGAGUUAGGUCAAGCCUUAACUGCUAUUCAAUAGGGAGGAGGGUCACUAUUUUGUUUACCAUUUCCUUGCCACAGGGGAUUUGCUAGCCUUUCAUGGAAACCCCCUUGAGUUUUAAACUUUUGAAGUUUAACUUGAAUUUCUGCUUUUUUUGCCUUAUAAUAUUGUACAUCUGACUGAUUCUCUUUGCGUUUGUAACUUGACUAUAGCUCUCAGAGCUUUCAUCCGUCCCCUUUUAUUUACAGAAGUUUUCAUGGGAGAAAAGUUAACUUCCAGAAAAAGAAUAUCCCCUAAUUAGAAAUAUAGCUCUGGGAGUGUAAAUAGAUCAGUGCUCAAGUCACUUACCAGCUGUGUUGGGUCUAUAGUUUUAAAUUCUUCAGAUGUAAAAGAGUGCACUUAUCUCUUAGAGCUGACAAGUUUGUAUUAGAUAAUUCAUAGGAAGCAUUUAGUAUAAUUUUUGCCUAUAAUAAUAACCCAGUUCGCUCAUGUGUGAGGCUCUGCCCGAAUGUGUGGAAAGUGGCCUGGAGUGUGGCAGUGGUAGAGUAGUGGAGGUCGGCUGCCAAGUCUGGGUCCCUUGGGGCAGGGAGGGCUCUCACCUGAGACCCUCUGGGGCACCCCUGGUGUGGAGUACGGUGGCAUGGUUAUGGGGGCCUCAUUUUAUGCUCCCUCUGGGAAAAGCAGCCAUGAGUUCUGGAGGGUGGCUGAUGAGGAGCCAUAUAAUAUAUACCUCUCAGAGAGUCCAGCAAGCUACCAAGAGUAUCUCACCCGCACAGCAGAGCCUGGCAAGGUCCCCGCGGCAUAUUCUAUAUGCCAAAAACAGUAACAGUAACAGGUCUCAUUCCCCUGACCCUGAAAAAGAGUGUCCAAUCAUUGGGAAAACCGAGUAAGGAGAGACUGCUAAAAUCUCAAGGCUGGGGCGAAUGGAGACAUUACUGGCACCCGCUCAAGUAAAUCAGUGAACAAUGGGAUGACAGUGACAGUGAUAAUAUUGAUUGAAAUUCAACUGUAAUUCUCAUCUUCAUAUUCCCUAAAAGUUCCCACGUACAUUUAUAGUGAAUUUGGUACCAUUCUGGUUCAGAGCAAUUUUUUUUUCCUUUUUAAUGAAAUGGCAUUUCUUUAAUAAACUUCAUUCUUAUGGUACCUGA